GGAACCAAACCUUUCACGUCUUUGUACACGGAAGUAAAUAGUGACGUACCGCUCGGAUGGUCUUCCGGGUAGCUCGGGCCGACAGAUAAGAAGCCGUCACUUUGGGUAAUUCUGGUAGCGAGGAAGACAGUGGUCAUCCCUCACACAAGAAGCAAUGGAUGGAGAAGAAAAGAUCUAUGGUGGCUGUGAGGGGCCAGAUGCUAUGUAUGUAAAACUCAUCUCUUCAGAUGGACAUGAAUUCAUCGUCAAGCGUGAGCAUGCCCUCACCUCUGGCACGAUCAAAGCCAUGCUGAGUGGGCCAGGUCAGUUUGCGGAAAAUGAAACCAACGAAGUCAACUUCAGGGAGAUCCCUUCUCAUGUUCUCUCCAAAGUGUGCAUGUACUUCACCUACAAGGUCCGAUACACCAACAGCUCGACAGAAAUCCCGGAAUUCCCCAUCGCCCCCGAGAUCGCACUGGAGCUCCUCAUGGCCGCAAAUUUCUUAGAUUGUUAAGAGAAAAGUUCUGAUCGGAGGAUAUUUCUUUGCUUUUAUGUUCCUUGUUUUACUAAUUUAUUCACUGAAUACAUCAGUAUGUUUCACCCAUUUUAGAAUGAGUUACAUACUUUAAAUACUUUACAGUUCCAUGUUGUAUAAAAUAAUGACUUCAGCCAUUUGACCAGCUUUUUACUUCAGUUAAAAUGAUGCAUAAUCUAAAGGUUAUGAACAUCUGUUAAUGCAGACAUUAAUUUUGUCCUGUAUAUAAAUAUGCAUUAUCUAAUUAAACAUGGAGGCAUGUGUCAUUGUGUAUAUAUGCAUCGGUUGAAAGUGACUGCAUUUUUGCCUUUUCUGUGGUUUCAUAGGGCUUCAGCUUGCAGGGAUGCUUUCUGUUACCCCUUAGGAGAUGGCUGCUGCUUCUGCAGCUGAUGCAGAUGUCCAUUAAAGUAUUAGUAAACUCCUGUACCCUCCAAGGUGUCUCGAACCUGAGUCUGCCUGCUUUGCAUUUGCAGAAAGUGGGGUAUGUUCUUCACACUGUUUCUCCUCUUGUUUUCUGGCUUCUCGCCCCCUUAAGAUUUGGCAGGAUUUUCUGGGACACUGGUAAACUGCAAUGAUGUCAUGCUCCUUCAAGUACUCUCGCUGUUGUAUUGUUCAUUUUUGGUCUUUUACAUCAAUGGGUUUGAUUCGAAAUGUAACAUGAAGUGUGGAUUGAGAGAACAUAGCUGCAGAACAUUUGCAAGAAGUUUCCUGGAGAUGCAGCUGGACAUCCGUUUAUCUUGAUUAAAUCUGAAAGAAUAUUUAGGAGAAUAAGGAAGGGUGAGUAUUUCAGGAAACUUAAGAUUGUGAUGCUUGGCAGAGCUUUUGUUUUUCCUUUAGAAGUUUGAUUUUAGGGUUGUGCUUUUUGAAUGUCUGUUGUAAAACCUCAGACGCUGCUUGCUCAGUGUGGGUGGCAUGUAAUAAAUGCAUGGAUGGGUCCGGCUGUUUUGUCCUGAGAUCUGCCCAUGCUGUUAGACUGGUGCCAGGUUUCACAUUAAAAGUCAGGAUAUGCGUGAUCAGAACAAAAAGAAAUACAUGCUCAACUGUGGAUUAAAUAAUCUUGUAAAUGUAAAAAGUUGCCAUCUGACUGCCUAUUACAAUUUCAGGGCAUAGAUUCAUAUGAAGAAUGCUACCUAAGGAAAGUGGUGGCCUGGUAGAAUUAUUUUGCAUUUUCUUUUAGCAAACGCUUUUGUCCAAAGCAAUGUACAUGUCAGCCAAAUCGCACAUUACGAGUGUUUAACUGUCUUCGUACUUAUUAAAAGGAUAUGGGUAAAGAAUCCAAUGAAAGGAGUAAUUACAAAAUUACUUGUGAUACAUUACUUAUAAUAAGUGCUUGUGACAGUUGUCCAUAGACUUAUACAGUGCUCACAAAGUUUUGGGACUUAGCUCAGUAAAAUAUUGCAAGUUUGUUGGUUUUAUAACAAAAAUCAUUGCUUUAUUAAUUUGUUUGCAAUAUAUAUCACAGUAGAAACAACCAGUAGUUUUAAGUUCAACAUUAAUUUCAAGAAGUAAUUGAUUGAAACCAAAAAUAUAGCCCUAAAAAGAUGUUCUAAAUUAAAAAUUGUUAAACAAGCAGUCUCCUGUGGUGCUUUUUAAUUAGUAACACCUUUGCAAUAACAUAGAAUGCCAAGCAUUUGUGUUUAAUAGCAAGUGACUACAAUUGUAAUUAAUAGCAAAAUGGCAAGAACAAAAAUUACGAUGGAUGAUAAAAAGAAAAUGUCCUUGCAGAUGAUAUGUGUGGAUAUGUUAAGCGUUGUUUGUCAAUGGAUUUCUGUUUUGAAACCAAUAAAUAUGCAAAAUUUUUACAGAGUUUAGCAAGCGUCCCAAGAUUCUGAGCACUGUAUGUCUGACUUAAACAAUGAUAGCAGAUGGUUUGCUUUGCUCAUUUCUGUAUAUUAUCUGCAGUAUUCACUCUAUACAGUAAGUAAAUGGUGGCUGGCCCUGGAUAGAUUAAAGAAAAAAAACUUA